UAAGGUCACGGUUAUAUACACACCGCUACUUACACGAUUUUAUCUAAAAGUUCAAAGUAUGGAACACGGUAUUGGAGCAAUGACAGGUAUAAUGUUUUAAACAUUCCGGAUAUCUAACGAUUUAAGAUAACAAAAAAUUGGACUUUUUUAUAUAAAAUGUCCGAAUUACGCGUAUAGGACUAUUAUCAACAAUUGCCAACGAUUUUCAGAGAUGUUUGUCUACUCUAAAUUUGGAUUACAUUACGAAAUAACCACACAACUGUGAUAAAUAUUUCAUAUAUGUGACAAGUUGGUGUUGUGUUUAUAUCAAUAAGGAGGAAGUCAUGUUUAAGGCAAUAGGGCGCUUGGGAUCCAGUGUUCGAUCUAGUAUAAAUCUUACUAUCUUUACUAACAUUUUUGGUUCAAAGUCCAAGAAGUACGGUGAUUUAGGUAAUGAGGAUGAGGAGGUAUUUAUUGACGCACAAGAGACUAUUGACAACGAAACAGAUACCGAAAAUGUCGAUGACCAGAAUAAUGGACAUGUCAAGUCUGUAAGAGGUGAUACCAAAUUGGAAAAGAAUGAUGUUAAAGCAGAUCUUGAUGAAACUGACCUAAAUAAUACCCCCAAUGAUCCGUUUACCACUGAAGUAGAGAUAGUUGAAAUUAAUAAGCCGGUGAAUGAAGUUACUAUAGAAGUGAAUGGACAGAGUACCGAGAAAACGUCUAGUCAUAACAAAUCUGAAGGACAGUCAAGCGACAGUAGCAGUGAAGCCGAUACUGAUGGUGGUAAAAGUGAUUGUGAACAUGAAGAAAACGAUGAUGAGGACGAUCAUCAUGAAAACCAUAAAGACACAAAAAAGAUUAUAAAAGAUUCUAAACAAAACAACGGAAUAGUUCAUAGUGCCAGUUCUUCAUCAAUGAUGAAAAAGGUUCAUAGGCGAAUGAACAGCUACUCCCAACGACAGUAUGCCAAAUUUGAUAAUUCUCAAGACGAUGAAACCGAUAAUGUUGUUCAAUCAACAGAUGAAUCACCAAAAGAUAACGAGGACUCGUAUGAAGGUGUCGAUGAUAACAUAGAACAAUCACACGUUUUUAAAUCUGAAAAGAAAACCAAAAGAAAGAAAAAGAUCGCAAAGCGGACUAAAAAAGCUGUGAGAGGAUCUUGGAAAUGGUUUAAAAGGUCAAUGGUGGCGUACUCAUACACGUUCAACUUCUCAUCCAUGUUUGUUGUCAAUAUUGCUUCUGCAGCAAGAAAAUGAUGCACCACUUCCCUAACAAACAUUUCACUGUGUAAAUUUGUCUUUCAAAUAGUUAUUACCAGUUCAACAUUACCUGAACACAUUGUACAAGAUUUAUAGAUAUGCUCAUCGCGCGGUUCUUCUACUAGAGUAUGCGAUCUUUUUAUAAAGAUGUUGAUUCUGGAGCAAUUUGUUUUUUUUUAUCAGUUUUCAUUAAAAACAAAUCAAAUAUGUAAUUAAAAGGUUUGAUCUCAAGCUUACUGCUUCCAUUAUGAUGCUUACUGCUUCCAUUAUGAUGAAAAAAUAACGUUUUCAUUUUGCAUGAUAAACAGCGUUUUAAUAAAGUAAUAUUUUCGUAAGUUUA